GUUUUUUUACAUUUCAUGAUUUUUUACCUCAAUUUUUGUACUUUAGUUCAAUAAAUUCCUGUUUGUAACUUAAAUUUCCCACCUUUAUAAGUAUAAUGGUCUUUCGCACAUAUAACGGAGUUUCCAAUUUCAAUCUAAACUUUAAUUAAAUUUGUGUUUCCCCUAGUAUCCGAUGGACUAUUCCGCCAAAGAUCCAGUUUUGGGCUCUCUUUUGGGAUACUUUGACUGGUGUAAGGAGAAUGAGAGGAAGAAAAUCUACAAGACCGCAUACCUCAAGUUCAAAAGGUUUGAGCAACCCUCCAAACCUUAUUCGGCGGCUCCUUUGAUUAAUUCCUCAAAUAAAAAUGGAGUAGUGAGUGGUGCGAAGUGGAGUAAGAAGGAUAAGGAGUCGGAUAAGCGUAAAGGGUGUGACCGAAUCGUAUCUAACGGAUCAGAAUCGAACGUGCAGACACAUUCUCGCUCCGAAUCUAUAGGUUCUGACAGCUAUAUAGAUUUAUUGGAGUUGGCCAACUAUUCAUGCCAUUACUCCACCAAGAAAUCUGAAUCUAACAAAAACACCGCCAAAAAUACUAAAAAAAUUAACACAAAUAAGGGUACUAAUAAAAGUAACACUAACAAAAAGACCGAUGAAAGUGGUACUCAAAAUAAUAUAAAAAAUAAUCUGAAAAACGCCCCGAACACCGGUGGGAAAAAUGUGGGUAGGAAGAGAAUGGAUCUGGGGGAAGUGCCAUUGGAGAGAUUGAGCACAGUGGAUAGCCUGGGCUCACUAGGCGAGUUUGGCAGUGGAAACUUGAUUGAAGAUUCAGAAGAGUUCAGAUAUGAAUCGCUUUUGUGUGAUUUGAGGAGGCGAGGAUUUGAGCCCAAGACCCUGGGGGACGUUUUAAGAAGCCGGAAAAAGCAAUGGGCAAAGACCCAGUGCAUUCACAGUAGCGCAAGAGAUGAUUUCGUCAGACAUUUGAAUAUGUAUAAGAACCACUUCAGGUCCUACAAAAAGACACUUGACGGCUGGAUCCCGAAGGAAUGUAACGUGGAUAACAAGUCGCACUCGAGAAGUGCUUUGAAUGGGAAAAUGACAUCAAGACGAAACAUUGAAAACCUUACCUGGAGUAAUAUCAUUUUCUGCCCUAAUUUUCGACCAGGUGGUGAGAUUAUAUAUAGGUUUUCGCGUAAGACAAUGAAGACGUACAAUACACUGUAUGACACAAUUAAGAAGGGUUGGGUGCACCCUGACCUCUUGGUUUGUCUAGUUAGAGAUGCUUCACACCCAGUUAGAUUCGCAACACCACCCGACCAGGAUUGUUAUACUGCAAUUUAUACUGGUCCAGAGAUCAGCGAGAACCUUGAUACUAAGGUCAUUUUCGGAGAAUACACCGGCAUAGUGUACAGAGAGGACUGUGUUCCAGACUCCAUAUUCGAGUACGCAUUUGAGCUAAACUUUACUUCAGCCUCGUGGGUUGACGCAGAACUUGAAUUUAGACAUGAUAAACAGUACAUCAGGGAUGUUAAUGGGACUAUUUUUCUCCCAAAUAGCUCGAAGUACGUACUUGAUAGCACACAUGCGUUUAACGAGUUGUCUAUGGUUAACCACUGCCAGUCAAUAGCAGCCUACGGAGGAGAAUAUUUUUUGCAGGCAAAUUGUGAAUGGCAACAGGUUAUUUUUGAUGGGUGGCCUCACGUAAUUCUAACUAAUAAACAGGGGGUUAAAAUCCAAACUGGUGAUGAACUAAUUGCAGAUUUUGGAGCUCUUUGGUUUCAAAAGGUUGAAGAAAAUUGCCAUAGGCAAUUAAAACGUGAACUCAUUUCAUAUAGGCUUCUUUCAACAGCUAACAAAUCGGAUGAUACUGUUGAUGCUGGCAAGUAUUUAGAUGACGCAGUUGAUCAUAAAUCACUACAUGCGGAUAAAUCACUCAAAGAUAAAUUAAUAAACGACAAUUUCCAUAAUGAUAAGUUAUUGGAUGUGGAUAAUUCACUGAUUAAUAAAAUAAAAGAGAAUAUAUUAGUACAGGAAUUACCUAGCGAUAGGAGCUUGGAGAAUUUAGACUAUUUUGUGGUUAAUAAUAACACAUCGUAUGUGUGUGCAAUUUGUUUAGACGAGGAUUUGAAUGACGACCCAAACACGUCGACGAAAAAGAUAUUUACGCACAGAAAGAAUUCAACUUCUUCAACACAAUAUGGCGUGUCAGACUCCGCAGUAAAUGUAGGGCAACCCCCCGAAGAAUUUAGAGAUGAAGACGACGAAGAUGAAUGCAUAGUCUGCGAUGGGUGUGAUAGAAUAUUCCACAUAAAGUGCCUUGAGAAGAUAACAACUACAGCACUCAAUUAUGUUCAAACUGAGUUCCAAAAGACAAAGUUUAUUAACUUUCAAACGUAUCUGCAGAGUAACAAGUACAAUCUCACAGAGGGUAACCUGAUUAACCUGAACCUGAUCAAGUGGUACUGCAUGUACUGUAGGUACCUGUGCAAGCAAAUUAUCCAACAUGACCUUAACCAGGACUUUAUGCCACUGCAAUCGUGUAUUUACAUGAAUAGUACAGACCCCAGUCCCGAGUUACCCGACUCUUCACAAGAAUCAGUAGAUUCACAUCAUGAAAUACCUGAGAAGAUACCUGUAACAAAUCAUGAUAAAUGUUAUUCAUCCACUAAUAAAAGUCUUAAGUCUGAAGUAUUGGACGAAAAGAAGGAGCAGGAACCGGAAACCGAUGAGUGUGAAGUCGAGCUGGUUAAUAAUAACCUCAUAGACCUGAAUAAAAUCACAAACUAUUUCAACAAACUGAUUUGCAACACCGGUGAUACACGUAAUAAUAGUGAUACAACUAGUAAGGAGAAUAGUCCAACACCUAAGGAUGAUUAUACUGCUAAUAAUAAUAACAAUGUUGAUAAUGUGAAAGGGAAAGGAUUGAAUAAUGUUGAGAAAAAAGGCAACAAGAGCAUGGAGAGGGAAUAUCCUAAACAGAAAAGGAAGAAAAUUAAAAGCAGUUUGUCCCUGAAGUGUGCUAAGCGUAAGAAUAAGAAGUCUAUGGUGAAGACCUUGAAAACAAAAUCAAAGUUAUUCAAGGGAAAUAAAAUCAGGACUCUAAGAAGAAUGAAGCUGAUUAAUAAACCGACAACACUUGAAAUCGCCAAAUAUCUAGUUAAACAGAAGAUACUCUCUAACACCACUAACAGAGGACAGAUUCGACUGUUUGGAAAUUAUAUUAAUUUUAGAACAAACUGCUGUCCAUCAGGGUCACCGAGACCUGACACCAUUGACUUGGCAAACUAUAAGGAUAGGAAUAAUACAAUCCAGACCAACUUUCCUGCAAACACUCUUAGUCCCGUAUCUAGCCACACAUCCAAUCACAGUUAUAAGGAUAGCCCAACAACAAAUGCUAAUCCUACCGGUUAUGAGAACGAUUUGACGAUAAAUUUGUUUAAUUUAGGGUUAAUAUCACUGAACGCGCAUGCACCUUCUAAUUUAUUGGAGUCUGAAAGUAAGGUGGCAAGUAGUGAGGAGACUUGUAGUACAAAUAGUGGAAACGAGCUUGACUUGGCAAUGGAAGAUGCUAACAACUGUAACGUUGCAUAUUCUGAACUUUUGAGAAAGUGUAAUGAUACAAUUAACUCAAGAAAUUCGAGUGGUGAGAAGGUUAACGGCUAUGACACGUCAACAAAAACUGUUAACUCUCCAAUAAUUAAGGAUAACCAGGAAUCGUAUGAUACAACAAAUCCGCCAAACUCACCGGCAGGCAAUGAGAAUUCAGCAUAUCACCCGACAAUGAAAGUGAAGGAGAACCAAGAAGAGGUUUUUAACGUGAAUUACGACAACAGUAUAAUGAAUAAUAUAAUAGAUUACCUGAACUGCAGGUACUUGAUGGGAAUGUGGCAAGUGGAACCGUUUUCAGUAUUCGGAGAAGCAGUGAGAGUGUGCGUAGAUUGCAAUAAGAAGUGUGGACCAAAAGCAAACGUGUACGUUUGUAGAGUUUUAAAGCGUCAUUUAUCUGGUAACUUUGACCACCCCAAGGCAACAAACGUUGAGCAAAUGAAGGAACUGAUACUCAUCUCGUUUGAGCAGCACAUUAACUAUUUGCUCAGAUUGCUCGUUUUGAAGAAUAUAGUCAUUGACUUUUUUAUUAAACUCUCGUGUCAUUUUCUCACUAACAACUAUGCUCUCACUGAUUCCCCUGCUAGUACGGUUAAGGAGGAUCCUGAUACCGCUGGUUACACCACAACAUUCGGUAAUACUGGAGAUGAUGAGCCUUUAAGCGACACAAUGUCGAGUGAAGAUAAUAGUGAAGAAAGCAGUGAAAAAGAUGACAUUUCCGAAUUUGAUGGCAAGGAGUUGGAUAUCGAGUACGAAAAUCUAGAUGUUGAAGAAUUACAAUUUGGUGAGGAAAUUGGUUCACAAAUUGGUAACGAAAUUAAGCCGCAAAUGAGUAAAGAAAUUGAAACACAAGUGAGUAGGGAGGAUAGUGAGUUAGUUGAAAAAACACAAAUGAAACUGAGAGACAGGGGUAAGAAGGAUGUAAAAGAGGAAUCAGGUGUAAGUGGCCGUAAAAGACAGUUAUACUAUAAUAUAAACGAGUUUGUGAAGUGUAUAACUAACAAUAUGAAGAGGGUACCGCAAGGUGAUAUUAUGUUCAACUAUGAGUUGUUAAAGAAAUUGGGCGGCUUUGAAGAGGAUUUCGUACGCAUAGUUAACUGUGACGACUUGUUCAAGUACAUUAAUGACCUGUCAAGUUACAUGUGCUACAACGCAGACCAGGUACCCUCGACAAUACAGCAGAUAUUGUCCAAGGAUGAGCUUAUGAGGUUCACGCACUUCAGGAAGUACCUGAUCAAGGACGUCAAUUUGUUCGUAAACACAAGUUCUAACAUAUCCAAUAAGGGUUCAGAAAAAAAGAACAAAAAGGGCCAGUCCCAGGACAUCUCAGAGUACUACACCCAACAGUCCAAGAAAAGUGAUUUCGACCACAUUAUCAAGAGUACGAAUAGUGAGCUAGAGUACUGGGACACAUAUUCUCGUAGAUUCUCAGAUGAGAUAGAUGAAGAUACCGUUAAAAUAAACUUAAACAACAUCAUCAAGCAUAAUAAAAGAAUUCUGAAGUUGAGACCCGAUGAUGUUCAAUCCCAGGAGUUCAUACCCAUGAUAGGAAUAAAACCAGGAAGAACGAUCAUAUAUCGCAAAUUCUCAAACGGUUAUUACCAAGGAUUGGUGAAUAAAUAUACCAAUAGUACUACGUAUUUUAAGGUCGAGUAUAGUGAUGGAGAUGACGAGUUGAUGGACCCGUUCGACCUGAUGAAUGAAAUUAUAUUGAACCUGAGUAACAUUGAGAAUAUAUUGCUUCAGCUUUCGACUCAUGAUGUUAACAACGAGAGAUUUGUUCAGCAGAUAGAAUUAAUCACUAACCUGAUUAAGAACAAGAUGUCAUCUGAAAGAUCAAACAUAGUUUAUGGUAAGGAACCAAAUGUAGGAAAUGAAGUUAAUGGGGUUAGAACAAGUGAAGAGUUUAUUGAAGUGAAGGAAGAUGAUAUCAGAAACCACUCAUUGUUCAAAAAAAUGGCCAGUGAACUUAGGAAUUAUAUGCUUCACCAACUAAUAAACGUGGAAUACAUUAGUAAAAGGCGUAAAUGCUCCCAGUAACUUUGUUGGGAGUAUAUAGACUAUGAAAUAAAAGGUUAUUGAGUAAAAUAAUACCAUUGGAUUUCCAUUAUACUAAUGCAAUCGGAUACUAAGUAUAUUGAAGUAAUCUGCUAUUAAAAUAAAUUAAACGAGUGUUAAAACAGCUAAAACGGCAAAGGCCAGGAGUUCGACGUAAUACAAAGUAGAAAGAUUGACAAGCGUGUACGAUAAGAGAGCAACAAGCACAAAGAAAACACCCCGACCCCUUUUAACGCUAAGAAAUCCCAUGUAAGCCUCAACCACAUUGUUGUACUUCUCCAAAAAUGAAUAACCAUCACCAGUAGUAACAACUAUCAAAAGACCGAAAAAGCUAAAAAAUAAUUAUUAACAGGAUAAAUAUGAGAAUAAGUGAAGGAAAGUAGGUAAACUGUACCCUUGAACUAGAUUUAGCAGAUAAAGCGAAGGAUUCAGCAUCGAAAAAACAUUUAAAGCGUUUAGAAAACUCACAAAACAUAGUGAGCAGGCCGAUAAAAACGAUAAACUCCUUAACAUAUUCUUUUCUACGUAAUUUUCUUAUUAAAGCAAGAA